UCACUGUCAAACGUGUUCACUAUUACUCUGACUCUGGUAACGUGACUUCCUGGUAACGUGUUAGGUAGGAAAAGCAGUAAAAAAGUGCAUAUUAAGGGAGCAGAUUUGAAAUAAUAUUUAUACUUAACAAGAAAUAAUUAAAGGUUCAAUGGGGAGACCUAAAGAUUUACGCAUAUGGGAGCACUACCGUACUUUACCAAACAAGUCUGUUUCUUGCAAGCUUUGUAAUAAGGUCUACAAAUUCAGUAAUGCUGCCAAAAUGCUUCAACAUCUUAUCACUUGUCCAAAAUCUCCAGAAACAUUAAAAGACUCUAUGAAACUUAUAAAAGAUAGCUCGUCCAAAACCAAAAUGUCUGGACUGUCAGAGAUAGAGACAAAUGAUUCUUUUAUAAGCCCCUCGUCGUCUGCUAACACUACAAUAAAUGCUGAGUUUCAAGACACCGAUGAUCAUAUAAAAACAGAAUUAGCGAGAGCUAUAUUUGUAACAGGGACGCCAUUAUCGAUGGUGCAACAUCCCUUAUGGAUACAAUUUUUCGAAAAAUUGCAACCAAAAUUUAAAAUACCUUCACGUAAAGCUUUAGCGACAAAAUACUUAGAUAAAAUAUAUAGAGAAAUGCGUUUUGAGUUAAAUGAGGAACUAAAUGCUUGUAGUUACUUACACCUUCAGUGCGAUGGCUGGUCUAAUUUAAGAAAUGAAGGAAUAAUAAACUUUCUUAUAUCAAAACCUCAACCUGCAUACGUUAAAAGUUUGAAUACAGAAAGUAAUCCUCACACUAGUGAAUACCUUAGCCAAGAAGUUGAAAAAGUAAUGAAAGUGUAUGGAGCAAAUAAGUUUCUUGUACUUAUUGGCGAUAACGCUAGAAAUAUACAAAAGGCAUUCGAAUUAACAAAACUCAAAUAUCCACAUGUUGUUCCUCUCGGUUGCUGUGCACAUAUCCUUAACUUGUUGUGCCAAGAUAUUGUAAAGAUACAAGAAGUAACUGUGUUUAUUAUGCAAGCCAUAAAUAUAAUAAAAACUGUUAAAAGGAGUCAACGAUUAAGUUCCUUGUUGAUAAAAUCAAGGCAGGGUGAAGAUUCUACACAAACACUAAAAUUGCCUUGUGCUACAAGAUGGGGAAGUCAUGUUACUUCGUUAAAAAGUUUGAAAGCAAAUAAGAUAGCUUUGCAAAUAUUAACAGUUAGAGAAGAUGUGGUAAUUUCAAGAGAUAUUAAAGAUUUAAUUCUAAGUGAUGAUUUCUGGACGAAGACAGGGGAAUGUAUAAGUAUUUUGGAACCAGUCACUGAAAGCAUAUUUUACUUAGAGAGCGACCAGAAUCGUUUGCAUCGCACAUACAUUACAUUUAGAGAUGUACAAGCUAAGAUACGUUUUGCAUUAAAUGAGAUUUCGACAUUGAGCGAAGAAAGCAAACAGCAGAUUCUAACAUCAGUAUCUUCAAGAUGCAAUAUGGCAAUGAGGCCAAUACAUUUUGCAGCAUAUAUUCUAGACCCCAGGACUCUAGGAGUCGAACUUACUCAAGAGGAAGAACUUAAGGGUAUGGAGUUUAUCUACAAUUUAAGCCAACACUUAAGUUUGUCAAAUGUAAUGGCAGAUUUGGCGUGUUAUAAAGCUAAAGAAAACUUUUGGGCCAGAGGAUUUGUAUGGAGCUCAUUAGAUAGCAUUGAGCCCCUAAUAUGGUGGAAAGGUAUUUGUGGUUCCACUGAGUUAAGCAAAGUAGCGAUUCGUAUUCUAUCAGCUCCCUGUACUUCGGCAGCCACUGAGCGUUCCUUUAGUAUCCAAGGCUACAUACAUAAUAACAAAAGAAAUCGACUUACAACUGAAAGAACUGAAAAAAUUUCAUUCAUUUGUUAUAACUGGAAUCUUAAACAUAAAGCUGAAUGCGAGGACAUUCAGUUUAAUGAAGAAAAUACCUUAGAAGCUUUCAUUGAGCAAGUAAAUGAACAUAACAGUUUAGACGAAAUAGAGCCUAUCGAACCUAUACAAUUCAUUGCUUGUAAUAACUCUGAAUCUGACAGUGAUUGACUGUAGUUUUACAUUUUACUUUCAUCUCUUUCUUAAUAAACUCAA